CACACACUUCUACUUCCUUCAGAUUAUGUUUCACCUUUCACACACAUUCUGUAUCAGAUAGCAGGAGAGUCAGGGCAUGAUGGAAGUAGAAGGAAACAGUACGCCGUGUUCCAGCAGCCUGGAUCAGAAGGACCAGAACGGCACUGCAGGGAACGGUCCAUCUUCAGAUAUGAAACAAACAGAAGAGAAGAUCCAGAAAAUUGCCCUGGAAGAACCAGGAGAAAGUGCAGGUCAGAGAGAGGAUGGAGCUUUGUGUGUGGACGACGUGCUGUGUGACUCAUGUAUCGAAAGUCCACGCAAAGCCAAGAAGUCCUGCCUGACGUGCCUGGUUUCAUACUGUGAGGAUCACCUAAGGCCACAUCUGGAGAAGGAGAAGUUUCAGAGCCACCGGCUGGUGGAGCCUCUGAAAGACGUGGACACGCGCAUGUGUGAGACGCACAAUAUCCCACUGGAGCUGUACUGCUGCGUGGAAACAUGUUGUGUGUGUCAGAAGUGUGUGUCUGAGCAGCACCAUGGACACGAAACCCUGUCCAUCACAGAGGCACGACAAAAACUUGAGAAAGAGCUCCAAGAUAAACAGACAGGUCUUGUGAAGACGAUGACAGCAGCUGAGAACUCCAUCAACAAACUGCAGAGCUGUAUUCUCUCUGUAGAGGCAUGUGUGUGUGAGGUGCGGGCUGUGCUCCAACAACAGGUGAGCACUCUGCAGGUGGGGGUGGAGGAGGUGAGGGCGGAGCUUACCAAGAUGUUGGAGGCGGAGCAGAAACACACACAGGGGCAGGUGUGUGAAGCUCGGCUGUGUGUGGAGCAGCGCUGUGCUGAACUAAAGAGAGAACACACACACCUUGAAAAACUAAACAAGAACAAGAACAGCAUCGACUUUCUGCAGGAAUACUCUCAGUGGAGAAAGACAAGCCUGGAUGUGUCUCUGCCUGAGGUUUGUGUCACUCAGACGGAUCGUCUUCAGUCGUUCAGCCGCAUCAUCACACAAACCACACAGGAGCUGUGUGACACACUGCUCACGACAUACCGCAACUCACUCAAAGAGUUCUGCACUGAUGAUAAAUCGGAUCAGCUCAGUGUUCAUCCUCUCAGUCCUGUACGGCAGGACUGUACGCUGCCUGAACCGCAGAGCAGAGAUGACUUCCUCAAAUAUUCAUCUUCGUUGACGUUUGAUGGUGACACGGUGCACCAGUUCCUGCGUGUGACUGAGAGCGGCAGGAAGUUAACCAACACCACGCCCUGGCAGCACAGCUACCCUGAGCACCCCGAGCGAUUUGUGCACUGGAAGCAGGCGCUGGCGGCUCAGAGCUUCUCUUCAGGGCGCCAUUACUUUGAGACAGACGUGAGUGGCGCGGGUGUUCAUGUAGGCGUGACCUAUGUGGGCAUCCCACGCAACAGCGACCAAAACGAGGCGUGUCUCACAGGCAGCUGCGUCUCCUGGUGUAUUCAGUGGAGUGGGCGUGGCUUUUCGGCUUGGCACGCUGGUGUGGAAACCCCCCUGAAAGCCCCCAAGGCAACCAGGCUGGGCGUGUACAUGGAUUUCGGGUGUGGCACCGUGGCGUUUUACAGUGUGGGUGGAGAAGCUGAAAGAGGGGUGGAGCUGCUGCAUCAGUACGAGGCGGAGCUAAGAGAGCCGCUCUACACCGCCGUGUUCCUCGAAAAGAAGGAGAACGUGGUGGUGCUGGUGGAACCAGGAGAAGAACUCCCUCUCAAGAGCCCUUCACCUCCAUGUUCUCCACCCUGAUGCAGAUUAUUUAACACUAUUCUCAUGUUACGGUUCUCUGAGGAUUUAAUGCCUCGCCCUCACGUAUACACGUAUCUUAUAAAACAUUGUGUUAGACCAGGUUAAAACAUUCACACAGAUGAAGACAAAUUAAACUGCAGACAUGUUCUUAAAUCAUAACACACACACACACACACACACACACACACACACACACAGGACAGGUGCAGCUUCAUACUGUGAUGUCACACAUUUCCUCAAACAAAACCUUUUUUUAGUUACUUUAUUGUGUGAAGGAGGGAGGGAG